AUGACUUUAAAUGAGGGCUCAAAGGUGGCAAAGAAGAAAGUGAGAAAAGAGAAGUGUGGCGAUGGUGAAGGACUGAAGUAUAAUUCCAAUCUUCUCGCCAAAGUCAAGAAGUAUAGGCCGCAUUUGGUGCGAGUGCUCUGUCUUCUUCCUCCUCUGUCCAUGGUGGCUAUUUGGGAGUUGCUACUUCUCGUGUUGGCCAACCACCUCUUGAGAGCAUCCGAGGCUGGAGCGAGGCCGUGCCUGAGGUCAGCCAUGGGCUUCGACCCGAGCUACUGCCUGAGCUGGAGAGUGGCGGUGGAGGCCAACAAUGUCCGCGCGUGGCGCACCGUCCCGGCUCAAUGCGUCCGCUACAUCGAGGAGUACAUGGUCGGCGGUCAGUACUGCCGGGACCUCGACACCGUCGUCGACCAGAUCUUGGCCUACCUCAACGGGAUCACGGCCGCCGCAGACGGCUUGGACGCUUGGAUUCUCGACGUCGACGACACUUGCCUGUCCAACACUCUCUACUACAAGGACAAGCAUUUCGGCGGAGAUCCAUUUGAUCGGAUGGCAUUCAAGAGUUGGGCUCUGAGGGGGACCUCGCCCGCCAUUCUCGCGGUGCUUCAUCUCUACAGGAAGCUAAUAGAGAGAGGUUUCAAGGUGUUCCUGAUCACCGGAAGAGAUGAAGAGGUGUUCUGCUCGUCCACGACACAGAAUCUUCAUGCGCAGGGCUUCACGGGAUACGAGAGGUUGAUCAUGAGAAGCGCAGAGUUUAGAGGGGCAGGAGCAACAGCCUUCAAAUCUGAGAGGAGGAAGCAGUUGGUGGCUGAAGGAUUUAGGAUUCGAGGCAACGUUGGCGACCAGUGGAGCGACCUCCUGGGCGAUUGCGCCGGCGAUCGCAUUUUUAAAAUCCCGAAUCCCAUGUACUUUGUUCCAUGAACAACAAUUCUUAGCUCCUUUACAUGGAAAAACAAUAACAACAAGAACAAUAACAACAACAACAAAAGGGAAGUUGUUCUUGAUUUCUGAC